CUCUUAUGUGCUCGGUGUUGGUUCGUGUUUUUGUGUACUGUGACGUGCUCGGCAAGUUGUUAUUACGUCAUUACGGAGCAAUGUCCAGCACCUAACAAACAAAGAUGGGUAUUCUAACAGUAGCUUCGACUGCAGCUAAGGCUGCUUUGACUAUCGGAGGUCUGAGCAAACUGACGUUCAUACCAGCCAUGUUAGCAGCCAUGGCAUAUUACAAUUACGAUCUAGUCGACCCCGAGAGCAGACCGUUCAACCAGAAGUACCUGAGGGAGGAGUACGACUUUAUCGUGGUGGGGGGAGGUUCAGCUGGUUCUGUGAUGGCGAACAGACUGUCCGAAGUGGAGAACUGGAAUGUUUUGUUGUUAGAAGCCGGUGGUCACGAGACGGAGAUCAGCGAUGUGCCGCUGUUGUCAAUAUACCUUCAUAAAAGUAAACUCGAUUGGAAGUACCGAACUCAGCCACAAGAUUCCGCAUGUCAAGCGAUGGUUGAUAAGCGAUGCAAUUGGACAAAAGGCAAGGUUCUCGGUGGAUCAUCAGUCCUUAACACGAUGCUCUAUAUAAGAGGAAAUAAACGAGAUUUCGACCAAUGGGAAUCAUUUGGAAACCCAGGCUGGGGAUAUGAGGACGUUCUGCCAUAUUUUAAGAAAUCUGAAGAUCAACGCAAUCCGUACUUGGCGAAAGAUACAAGGCAUCAUGCUGUAGGUGGAUUACUAACAGUUCAGGAUGCGCCAUACAAUACACCCAUUGGAGCUACUUUCUUGCAAGCUGGCGAAGAAAUGGGUUACGAUAUCCUUGACGUCAAUGGUGCCCAGCAAACAGGAUACGGAUGGUAUCAAUUCACAAUGAGACGAGGAACUAGAUGCUCUACUGCAAAAGCUUUUCUCAGACCAGUGAGACUACGCCAGAAUUUGCACACUGCACUUUUUUCUCAUGUCACCAAAGUGUUAAUCGAUAAAGAUAAUAAACGAGCUUACGGUGUAGAAUUUAUGAGGGAUAAUAAAAGACAAGUGGUUUAUGCAAAACGAGAGGUUAUUCUGUCAGCCGGUGCAGUAGCCUCACCUCAACUACUAAUGCUAUCUGGCGUCGGACCCGCUCAGCACUUACAGGAAGUUGGUAUUGAUGUGAUCCAAGAUUCUCCCGGUGUAGGACGAAAUCUACAAGAUCACAUUGCAGUUGGCGGUAUUGUUUUUGAAAUUGAUUAUCCAAUAAGUAUAGUAAUGAACAGACUCGUUAAUAUAAAUUCAGCUUUACGUUAUGCUGUGAUGGAAGAUGGUCCAUUAACAUCCAGCAUUGGUUUAGAAGUGGUGGCAUUUAUUAAUACAAAAUACGCAAACGCAUCGGACGACUGGCCCGAUAUGGAAUUUAUGAUGACAUCUGCAUCAACACCUUCUGAUGGUGGAACCCAAGUAAAAAAAGCACAUGGAAUUACCGACGACUAUUACGAUGCGGUUUUCAGUCACCUCACGAAUAAAGAUGUAAUGGGAAUUUUUCCUAUGAUGCUUAGACCUAAGAGCCGGGGUUUCAUAAAAUUACGAUCAAAAAAUCCUUUGGAAUAUCCCCUAAUGUAUCACAAUUAUCUAACUCAUCCAGACGACGUUGGUGUUCUUCGUGAAGGCGUAAAAGCUGCUGUAGCUGUAGGUGAAACCCAAGCAAUGAAAAGACUCGGUGCAAGAUUUAAUAGUAGACCAGCUCCAAACUGUAAACAUCUUCCCAUGUUUACAGAUGAGUAUUGGGAUUGUUACAUUAGACAAUACACUAUGACCAUCUACCAUUUAUCAGGUACUGCUAAAAUGGGUCCUAGCACAGACCCGAUGGCUGUUGUUGAUGUAAAUCUUAGAGUCCACGGCAUUGAGGGAUUAAGAGUUAUUGAUGCAAGUAUAAUGCCGACGAUUACCAACGGUAAUAUAAAUGCCCCAACUAUUAUGAUAGCAGAGAAAGGAAGUGAUUUAAUAAAAGAGGCUUGGUUACCAAAGUCUCGAAAGAAAAGAAGUAAAGAAACUUCUUUGUGCUCUAAGUUGGAACAACUUUUAAUAUUUAAUAAGAGAGAUACAUUGUGCGGACUAGAAAGGUGACUAGAUUCAAUUUUAUUUUCUAAUGUUUAGUACAAAUAUGUUAUUAAUGUUAUUUUUUUAUAAAUAACCCGUGUUCAGAAUGUUUGAGUGUACCUUAUCAAUUAUAAGUAAUCUAGUCUCUGAGGCAAAGUACAUAACGUUUUGCUUUAGUUUUCAAAACAAAUAAAAUUACAACUUAGGUAGUUAGUUAUAGUUAGAAUAAAGCUAAGUAGAUACAUUAGAGUCCAAACAGCAAAAAUGGUAUUCAAACUCAAAGAGAUUUACAUAGGUUGAUUUCUGCCGUGCGAUUAAUCGUUUCACAAAUCACCUCACAAAGCCGCACAAACAAAUAUUUUAUUUUAAUCAACUCAUAAAUGUAAGGCAGAUUAAUAAUCAUUACUUACCGGCAUUAAAACAGUUAAUCAAUCAAUCAAUUCAAUCGACGUCCUGCAAUUGAUUUUUCACAUGGUUGAUGAUUUACUCGGUAGACAUUCUUCGCCAGCUGGUCGACAUAAGGUCAAUGCUUAGAUGUUAUGUUAUGAUGUUGCAGCCGAGCUAAAUCACCACCUACGCGACAAUAGUGCGGCUAGUAACCUGCGUAAAUCUAACGCCGCCGACUAAUAGCCCAAACACAUGGUCGGAUUUGGUACGGCCGGACCAUCGGACAGUCCCGGUGCCCACCGAGGCGCCCGCCUCACAGCAAUUGAUCCGCCGUCGUACUCGGUACGGUUCAAACGGUUAUAAUAAUGAUUCUAUGCGAUGGACAAUGCGACCUACCAUCGAAUAAAGUCCGGUACCGGUCCGACCAAAUCCGACCGUGUGUAUAGACUAUUAGGUCCGAAUUCAAAAGGCAUAAAAUAUGUAAUCCAUACACUCGAACAUAGAUUGUACAAAAUAUAUUGUACACCGUCUGAUUCAAUAUAUAUGCCAAAAGUAGCAUGUACUUAUUGCUUUCUUUUUAAAGGUUCAUAAAUCGAAUUUUUUUGCGUGUUCAUUGUGAUGUUCGUAUCACAUCGGUACUCUAAUGUAACUACAGGUAGCGAAACUAAUAUAUUGUAUAAGGGGAAUACAGAGAGGCUAAAAUUCAUAGAGGCUAAAGGCGUGUAACACUGACUAACACAUUACAGUCUAGCAAUCUAACAUUUUAUGUUGAUGUUUUACUACAAUUUAGAUUUUCGGGAAGAAAAACAAACAUUGUUUACAAUACUUAUGUACAUUUGUAAAUAAAUGUUAUUAUUAUAA